AUGAAGUCUUGGUCGUGGCCUGAGAUAAAGCAGCGGCUUCAAUGCCCCGUCGACGAGGAUGCAGAGUACGAGAACACAACCUGGUGCAACCGGGACCUGAUCCCCAUCCCACCAGAGCGGAGGACGUACGGAGUUUGGUCGUACUUCGGCUACUGGACUGUCUCUGGUGCAUGCAUCUCAGCAUGGUCGACGGGAAGCACGCUGCUCGCAUUCGGCUUAACUCCGCAGCAGGCGAUUGGGGUUAUUAUUCUCGGCUCCUUCUUGUGCGGCCUUCUCUCCGUCUUCUGUGGCUGGAUGGGCGAGGUCCAUCAUAUCGGUUUUACAGUCUCGAGUCGGUCUUCCUGGGGAAUGAGAGGGUCUUAUUUCCCCGUCAUCCUCCGAAGCUUCGUGGGGUGCAUGUGGUUCGGCAUGCAGGCGUUCUGGGGAGGUCAAGCAACGAGAGUCAUGAUCGGCGCCAUUAUCCCCGGCUUUGCCCACAUGGAAAACUACUUCGCGGCCAGCUCGCACCUGCAAACGAACGACUUCAUCGGCCUCGUUAUCUGGAUGGUGGGCUUCAUCCCCGCUGUCCUGAUCAAACCAGAGAAGUUACAGAUGCCCUUCUUCUUCUGCUUUGUCCUCUUCUGCGGGACUUGCUUCGGGAUGCUUAUUUGGGCCGUCUCCCAGGCCCACGGCGCCGGCGACCUCUUCCACGAACCCGGGACAGCCCCCAACACAGGCUGGGCAUUCAUGUUCGGAAUCACCGCAAUACUCGGCUCUUGGGGUAGCGGGACCCUAGGACAAUCCGACUGGGUGCGGUACUCGAAGCGGCGGUACGCACCGACAUUGUCGCAGCUCGUUGCCUGCCCGCUGACAAUCGCCAUCACGGCGACUAUUGGUAUUAUUGUCACCAGUGCGAGCAAUAAAGUUAUGGGUGGGGAUAUUCAAUGGAAUCCGAUCUAUCUUCUAGCGGAUGUACAGGAGUUUUAUGGCAGUUCACCGAGGGUCAGGGCUGGUGUGUUCUUUGCGAGCUUGGGGUGUGUGGCGAGUCAGUUUUCGAUCAGCGUUGUGCUCAACAGCGUUAGCACGGGGAUGGACCUCGCGGGUCUGUGGCCGAAAUACCUGAACAUAGUCCGCGGGAGCUAUAUCAUGGCAAUCAUCGGAAUCGCUACACAGCCGUGGCAGCUCAUCUCAACCGCCGACAAGUUCCUCUCCGUGCUUAGCGGCUUCGGUGUCUUUAUGGCCCCUGCAACCGGCCUUAUGCUAGCCGACUACCACGUCGUCCGCCGACACCGGCUAAAGCUCUCGGACCUAUACCGCGGCUCUCCAUCCAGCAUCUACUGGUUCCGGAGCGGCGUGAACUGGCGCGCCUUUGCCGCGUUUACUGUGGGCAUGUGGCCAUUACUGCCCGGCCUAGCAGCCAACGUGAACUCCUGGACCGAACCCAAAUGGACCGGCUGGCUACGCCUUUACAAUCUGACGUUUAUCGUCGGGCUGGCGAUUAGUUUCCUGGCGUUCUGGGGACUAAACAUUUUCUUCCCCGUGCCCGGGACCGAUAUUGACGGGCCGUUUAUUGUCGAUGGUCGCGAUCUUGUUAUCGAUGGGGUUGCUAGGACGUCAGGAUCGAGCGAGGGCGAUGCCCCUGGACCGGUCAAGAAUGAGCAUGGACGGGAGAGAAAGGGGGCGGUCCUGGAGGUCUCUGUUGUCUAA